AUGAAAUAUUUAAUUCUAUUUUAUUUUAUACUCUUUAUAUCAAUUAUUACUAUUAUUAAUGUAAAUUCGGCAAAAAAACAACAAUCAAAUGGCACAAAAUCAACACCAAAAAAUCCCAGAUACAAAUGGAAAAAUAUGACAUCACCGUUAAAUGGACCUUUUGUAACAGGAUUAGGACAAAAAGGAGUACAAUAUUAUAACCAGAACCAUACAAGUGAUCCUGUAACAUUUGUAAACGUUACAAGAGGUCUAAAACGUGGAAGAAAAGAUAAAGGAACUAGAAGACUUAAGUUAGUUAUUUUUGUUACAAAAAAUAGUAGUAGUACAGGUUCAAAAGGAAAUCUUGCUUGUCAAAGACUUCGUGUAAUAUUUAAUGUAACAGCAAAAGGUAAUCAAACAGCAAUAAGAUCCAAGCUUUUCAACAAAACUGAAAAAGGAGAAUGUAUUAUCCCACAAAAUAGCAAAAAGAAUAAUCAAUCACAGAAUAAAAAAAAUAAAUAA